AUGAACUCCCUGAACAUCAUCACCUCUCGCGUCUCUCCGCCACCGAGUCCGGUUGCGUCGCGAUCCAACUCCAUUGGCUCCUUGGGAUUGACCGUCCAACCUGACAGCGACCACCGUGGCAGCGAAGGCGCAGAGAAACAGGGCGACGACCAAGACGAGGAUGUCUUUCCCCUCGAAAAGUCAGCUUUUGAACAGCGCAACGACGCCCAUGGAGCACUAGAUCUCGAGAGCGAAGCCACGCCGCUAAUAGGAGAGUCAAAAGAAGCAGGGUUGAGGUCAUCUUCAUGGCACUCACUGCCUCGGCGCAUCGCUGCUGGUUUUAUCAACUCUCUCCGCUGGGUGUUAUCCACUCUUGCCACCCCGGGUGUAUAUCUGAUUGCCUUCCUUUACGACGAUGCAGGGAGUUUCUCGCCCUUUUUCCAGCUAAAAAGACUAUUCGGUCUGCACGACAGAAACAAUAAAAAGCUUGCGACUGACUUUCCUGAUUCUUUGGACAAAAAGUCGGGUCGGCAGGGCAGCGCCGGAUAUGGAGGGGUUGCGUAUUCAAGACCAGUGGGAUCAUCUGGUUCAUCUUCUUCGGGCAUAUCUUCAGAAUCAGACUCCGACGCCGAUCGCCGACGCCGGGGCUCUUCCGGUCGGCACUCACGUUCAAAGUCUGCAGCGGAAGAGAUUGCGCCGGCACGGAGAUCCAUUCGUAUAAAGCUACACAGUGACGAUGCUCUUCCGCAACGCAAGCAUCGCAAGACACAGUCUGCCGCAACACGCCCCAAGGGCGGUGGUGAAUCUGGCUCCGAUAUUUCCGCACAACUCAAGUCUCCGACGUCUCCCGCAGGUGCGCUGACGAGAUAUCCAAAGACACCAGCCCCUCCUCGACCCUUGAUACCUCGACGACAGCCGUCAUACCUGAACCUCGAGCCUUCAACCGACCCCAAGUAUCAAAAGACGCUCAUUUUGGAUCUAGACGAAACUCUGAUUCACAGUAUGUCCAAGGGUGGACGCAUGAGCACGGGACACAUGGUCGAGGUCAGAUUGAACCAGACCUACGUCGGUGCUGGAGGCCAGACGUCUAUCGGACCGCAGCAUCCCAUACUAUAUUGGGUCAAUAAGCGCCCACACUGCGAUGAUUUCCUCCGUCGGGUUUGCAAAUGGUACAAUCUCGUCGUCUUCACGGCCUCAGUACAGGAGUAUGCCGACCCCGUCAUUGACUGGUUGGAGGCGGAGAGGAAAUUUUUCUCGGCGCGAUACUACAGACAGCACUGCACAUUUCGACAGGGAGCCUUCAUCAAGGACCUUAGUUCGGUUGAGCCGGACUUGAGCAAGGUCAUGAUCUUGGAUAACAGUCCAUUAAGUUAUAUGUUUCAUCAAGAUAACGCAAUCCCUAUCCAAGGCUGGAUCAACGAUCCGACAGACAAUGAUCUUUUGCACCUUGUGCCGCUGCUCGAAGGUCUCCAGUAUGUGUCGGAUGUGAGGGCGCUACUUGCAUUGCGUGGAGGCGAAGAUGGUCAGCAUAUGGCGUAG